GACACAACACGGAACUGCCCCUGCGUGUUUGUCAUCCAGUCUGUGGGUGUCUCUCAGGAGGAAUUUGUGUUUCAGUUCUAAGCGAACUUUUACUGUGUGCCAUGACUUUGGAAAGAGUCACCGAGCCGAUGAUCAGCACGUCGCCGAGGUUUAGGAUUUGAGCCAGAAUGGCGGUGAAGUGGGCCGAGAGGAUCUGUGCUUUCUCCCGCAGCCCGUCUCGCUUCCUCUCCGGGACGACGGCGGAGGCUUUCCUGACUGAGCUGCUCCGCGAGCUGCGAGACGACAGAGCCACUUACAGUGUCAAGGUCCUCCUGUUGUCCCCCCUAUGUGAGAACCCGGCUCUGCUGUGUCCCCUACACACAGUGGGAGAGGAGACAAGCCUGGAGCUCAUGUCAGUGUUCGCCCAGUGUCCUACCAAGUCUGUGCAGUUUCGUUGUCACCUCCUCCUGGCCCUCACCUCUGUGCUGGUCUGCACUUCCUGUGUGAGCAGCCGUUCCCGUGCAUCUCAGGACUUCCUGGACCUGCUCCUUCAGAUAGCCCAGGACACCGGUGACCUACAGGCUGAUGGCGCUCUUUGUUCUUUACGGGCCACGGCUUGUGACUGCCUGCGGGAGCUGGAGGCCUGCUCCCCAGGCCUUCUCUCCCAGCGCCUCGAGCUCUUAGGUGGGCUCCGGCAGCGAGAAACCUCCCGGCUCCACCAGGCCUAUGCAGGACUCCAUACUCUGGUGUUAAGAAACGCGGUGUAUCAGCUCACCCAGGAAACCGGAGCUGGGGCUGAGCAUCUUAAGGCUCUUCUGGGAGGAAAUACAUCAGUUGCUUGGGAAGCAGAGCAUGACUCAGACCUGAUGAAUAACGCAGACUCAGCCAUACUGUCUUCUCUUAUCCUGGGACCCAUGGGUACUGUGCCAACCCUGCAGACCGGGCCUGACUGUAAGGAGUUGCGCUCAGUCCUGUCCUCCCUCCUUGAGGACUCCUACCUCCUAACACCUCUGUGUCAGGCUGCACUGCUGCACAGACUGACGGAGGUGGUUGCGAUGGUUCCUGGUGUCCCUCCAGCCGUAUUCAGAGCUCAGCUGCUGCGACUGCUGGGCACGAGCGAGGUGUGCCUCCUUCACACCACCCUGCUGAUGAAGUGUGCGUUCACAGACAGCCUGUUCAGCGCCGAAGACGAAGCGUUCAUCCUCAAGCGGCUGGUGGUGCUCUCCCAGCACCCGCUGCUGAGUACACCCGAGAAGCUGUUCUACAUGGCCUGUAUCCUGCACUUUCCCGAGAACCGGCCAAUCGGGUGCGGCGACGGUGACGAGACCCUCCCUGUGCUGCUGACUCCGCGGCUGGCCUCGGCUCUAGUGCCCACCGUGUUCAAUGACAGCGCCACCAUGCUGGCCCGCCUCAACCUGCUGUCUCUGGUCUACCUGGAGGAGGGAGAGGAAGGAGAGGGGGAGGCGGAGGGGAGUAGGGGGCUGGCCUACCUCUAUGAACACGUCACCUCGCUGCUACACAUUGUGGAAAACGGCGGCGGCCGAGAGAUUUAUGUAACCUUCUUCAGAGCCGCCUUCCUCUUCCUCUUCUACUUCUGUCACGUGGAGCGCUACUCUAACAGUCUGACGGAGAAGCUGUGUAAGCUCUACCUCCGCCACACCCACCUGGCUCCACACCUCAUCAACCUGGCCAACCAGACCCAGGACAAGUUGUCUGAGUCCAGCUGGGCUGUGGGGCUCCUAAAGGCCCUCCAGGGGGUCAUCACCGAGGCCCCGCUCGCCCAGCUCACCCCACAAGAUCUCAGCUGGCACCUUAAGGUGCUGGCUCGAGUGGCAGAGGAAGGAGAAAUCCCCCAGCACAGCACCCUUAGCUUCCUGUCCAAGGUCAUCACUCCGUCAGUCUCCUCUCUGUGCAUGAGCGGCGACUGGCGUCUGGGGAACAGCUUGCUGGGGGUUUGCCGCCGCUUCCUCGUCCACCCCAGCCUGGACUCGCUGCUCAUCCCUCUGGCUGACAUCCUGCAGCAUCUCACCUGCUACUACGGAGAAACAGACAUCCAGGACCACGCCCGCCUCUACUACACCCUCCUGACCACGCUGUCCCGAGAGAAGCUGGCCGGGGUGCUGGCACAGGGUUCGACCGAGGGAGGGCGUCAGGUCAAGAAGCGCUCGCUGUCCUGCAUCAUGGCUGAGAGCGAGGGGCUAACAAGCGUACUAACCAUCCACCAGACGGACAAAGCGAUAUUCAGGCUGAUUGAGUCAGAGCCACGAGAAGAAGCAAAAACUGAUCAAGCCAGCGACCCGAACCGGAGCGAGACGGAGACCUGCCCAGGAGAGACCAGCGCAGCACUGGCAGCUUACAGAGCUCAGUUUGAGGACCCCAGCUUUGCCUCAGAAAUCGCCUUAAACUACCAGCUGACUCACACUGAAGCUGGUGACUCCCGCUUUGAUCAGCUCUUCAGCAUCCACCUCCACUUCAACCUCACAGACGACCACUAUGAAGAACUGCGCGACAUCAGUGUCCCGUGUCUGUUCAGAGAGAGGCCGUCGCCCACGCUGAGGCUGAGACUGAAGCCCAGGCGGCCAUACCCCACCACCCUCCGUGCCAGCGCCAUCUUCACCACCCAGGACGGACUUUCCUGGCUCACUGUCCUGCCAGACAUCCACGUGUCUUUCCAGCAGGCCUUCAUGCCUCCGCCUGCUCCCCCGGCCUGGGGUCGAGGCAGCAAACUGAGCUUGUUUGAGGGUUUAUGGGAUGAAAUCAGCUCUGCGAGCGGCGAGGACCUGGCAGACUGUGCGACCAGCCUGUUCUGCUGCCAGCUGAAGGAGGCAGCUCUGAUUGCCUUGGUGGAGAAACACUUCCUCCCCUACCUUAUGUCAGAUCUGUCCGAUAAGGACAAGUUCAAAGUGCUUUUCUUCCUCCCGCCGCGGUCUCACAUGCUGCUGCAGAUCAGCUCUGAGGAGGAAGGCGUGCACUUCAACAUCGCCACAGAUAACUGGCAUCUUCUGCCUCACAUAAGUUCUUACCUACAGACGAUCACGUCCUCACAGAAAGACGCUCACAGUCGACUGUGAUGGAAACUUUCUGGCUUGUUUUUAAUUUUAACAAAAGCUGAUUUUUAAUCACCCAAUUUUUUCUCAGCACUUUAAUUAUACUUAAAAUGACACUGCUGAAGACAGAUGAUUUAAAAUAAAGUUAUUGCACUUUAAUUUUCUUGACCUGAAAUUAAACAUUUGUAAAAUU